AUGGCGAAGACAAGAGAGAGAGAUAAAAAGCUUGCCAACAGGAAAGACGACGAUAAGAAAGAGGAAGGGACCGCUGCACAACGGCAGUUGAAGCGUACUGCUCGGGACAUCCGUCGUUUUUUCGAGCAAGCAGACGCAUCCCUUGAGCAGAACUUGAUUCCAUUCCUUGAUGAGUUAGCACCCGAUGUGAACUUUGCAGCAGACCAAGCCGAGCAAAUGAGUCCCUAUCCAAUUGAAUGGUCUGGAAGCGCAAAGAAAUUCGCCGCAGCCGAGAAAAAAUUUCGCAAAUCAGCCGAGAAAGCAGGAUACAAAGUCCCUGAAGACAGUGGCGUUAGGAUAAAAUUUUCCGACCAGGAGGCGAAAAAAGCACCAGAGGUAAAGGGGGCACAGAGAAAGAAACCGCCGACUCGUGAUAACGAAGAUGACGAGGAAGAAGAGGAACCUGCACCUGCGAAAAAACAGCCAAAAGCGACAAAGAAGCCAAAGGUUGUAGAGAUAUCCGAUAGCGAAGAUGAUGAAGAGGAAGAGCCCGCGCCUACGCAAAAGAAGACAAAGGGGAAAACACCCGAUGUGAACUUUGCAGCAGACCAAGCCGAGCAAAUGAGUCCCUAUCCAAUUGAAUGGUCUGGAAGCGCAAAGAAAUUCGCCGCAGCCGAGAAAAAAUUUCGCAAAUCAGCCGAGAAAGCAGGAUACAAAGUCCCUGAAGACAGUGGCGUUAGGAUAAAAUUUUCCGACCAGGAGGCGAAAAAAGCACCAGAGGUAAAGGGGGCACAGAGAAAGAAACCGCCGACUCGUGAUAACGAAGAUGACGAGGAAGAAGAGGAACCUGCACCUGCGAAAAAACAGCCAAAAGCGACAAAGAAGCCAAAGGUUGUAGAGAUAUCCGAUAGCGAAGAUGAUGAAGAGGAAGAGCCCGCGCCUACGCAAAAGAAGACAAAGGGGAAAAGUAAAUUGCCAACUCCUGAUAGCGAAGAUGAUGAGGAAGAAGAGGAACCUGCACCUGCGAAAAAACAGCCAAAAGCGACAAAGAAGAUUGCAACCAUAGAAGAGGAUUUAGAAAUGAGAGACGCUACGAACGAGGAGGAGGGUUCACCCGAGGAUUCCUCCGCGGAUGAUUCCUCUGAGGAGCAAGACAAUAUUUGGCCACUUCUCUUUAAAAGAGUUAGUACUCAAAAUAUGCAUACGCCCGCUUGGCGAGCACUUCAACAGGAUUGCAAGUUGCGUGGCUGCGACUUCGUUGAUGUGAAAUUCCGAUUGGAGUUCCUACUCGCCCACGAAAACCCAGAUGAAACCCCGAACGGACUCCUCCGUUCUGCGCGCAAGUGGAUUGAAACCUGUCCUGGCGCCCUGGAGCUUCUAGAAGACGGCUUUUAUGGCGACCAAAAGAUGUCAAAGCGAUUUUCGGCUUAUCGUCGGAAUACUUCCAUCUUGCAACGGCCCGGUUCACCAGACCAUGGCUUCACCCGGCAAAAACACCGCAGCUGGGACGAUGCUUCCGCAAAAUAUGACUGGGUCAAGCCACACCAGGAUCCCCUUAUUCCUCAGAGUAUUUGGCAGAUUAUACUCCCGAGAGUCUGGGGUAAGAAGAAUCAGGUAAAGCCAGACACUUUGAAGGAGACGGCUACCUGGCUGGCCAUGAACCCAGAUUACACAUAUACUCUAGUUGGUCCUGAUGGCGGGAAAGACUUUGUCAACCGCUACUUUGGCCAUGACGAGGCCAUCGUCUCAACCUUCAACUCCUUGCCUAAUGUUGGCAUGAGAUCCGAUCUACUUCGAUACUUACUUCUCUAUAUUGAAGGUGGGGUCUAUACAGACACAGACACUGUCGCGUUAAAGCCUAUUGACGACUGGGUACCGAGACCGUUCCGCAACCAUACCCGGCUGGUCGUCGGUAUUGAGUUCGACCAACGUGAUGGAGGCAGAUGGGCCGACAUCGCUCAUACACUCCAGUUCUGCCAAUGGACCAUAGCCGCCGCCCCUGGUCACCCUGUCUUCCCAAUGAUGAUAUCCCGGGUUGUUCAGUCUUGGGAUGAUCUGAAGCAAAAGCACAACAUCUCCAGCGAAAGCCCGUCUUGGAGACCGACGAGUUUUGAGGUUAUGAAUUCCACCGGCCCAGCAGCAUGGACGGAUGUGGUUUGGGAAUAUUUGCAAGAGACGGACAAGGGUUUAACAGACAUGAGGGACCUUUCAUCUCUAGGUACUCCGACGUUAUUCCGCGACACACUCAUUCUGCCGAUCGAUGGGUUCGGGAUGGGGCAGCCACACUCAGGCAGUACCAAUGACGGAAGCAUUCCUGAUGAGGCAUUUACAAGACACCUGUUCCGGGGUUCAUGGAGGGAAAACCAGCGUUAG